UAGGAAGCUGGGGCAGGGCCAGGGCUGACGACAGGGAAGACUGGAGUAAAGGUUCCGUCAAACCUAAAACCUUCAGCAGCAAAAAGGACUCAGUGAUAAGAGAUUAGAGCAAAGCACCUAUAAUCAGCUCAGCUUUAGAAGUGCUGGCCUUCUGUUUGGGCUUCUUGCUGCAAUAGAAGAGCACCACAGCUAUGGCCUUCCUCUUCAGACUAGAUCUUCAGGAAUGCCUCCAAACUCUGGCUGUUUUGCAAUGGAUCCCAGUCUACAUAUUUUUGGGAGUGAUUCCUGUUUUGCUUAUACCCUACUUUCUGGUGUUCACUAAAUUAUGGAUCUUGUCUGUGCUCACCUUAGGCUGGCUCGCCUAUGAUUGGAAUACCCACAGUCAAGGUGGUAGGCGUUCAGCUUGGGUACGUAAUUGGACCCUCUGGAAGUAUUUUCAAAAUUAUUUCCCAAUAAAGCUGGUGAAGACUCAUGACCUCCCUCCCAAACACAACUAUAUUAUUGCCAAUCACCCCCAUGGGAUUGUUUCUUAUGGUGUGUUCAUCAACUUUGCUACUGAGGCCACUGGCUUUGCUCGGAUUUUUCCAGCCAUCACUCCGUCCAUAGGGACCUUGGAAUGGAUUUUCUGGAUCCCCAUUGUGCGAGACUACGUGAUGUCAAUGGGUGUGUGCCCAGUGAGUGGCUUGGCCUUGAAGUAUUUGCUGACCCAGAAAGACUCAGGCAAUGCUGUGGUUAUUGUGGUGGGUGGAGCUGCUGAAGCCCUCUUGUGUCGACCGGGAGUCUCUACCAUCUACCUUAAAGAACGUAAAGGUUUUGUGAAGUUGGCACUGAAGACAGGAGCAUACCUUGUCCCUUCUUAUUCCUUUGGAGAGAAUGAGGUUCACAAUCAAGAGACCUUCCCUGAGGGCACAUGGAUAAGGUUCUUCCAAAAAACCUUCCAGGCCACAUUCAAAAAAAUCCUGGGAUUAAAUUUCUGUACCUUCCAUGGUCGGGGCCUCACUCGAGACUCCUGGGGCUUCCUUCCUUUCAAUCGGCCCAUUACCACUGUUGUUGGGGAGCCCCUGCCAAUCCCCAAGAUUAAGAGGCCAAACAAGAAGACAGUGGACAAGUACCAUGCACUCUACAUCAGUGCCCUGCGCAAGCUGUUUGACCAGCACAAAGUUCAAUAUGGCCUUCCUGAGACCCAGGAGCUGACAAUCAUAUAACAGGAGCUAUAUAUCCCCCACUUUAGAAAUCAGAGUCUUGGGAUGCCUGGGUGGCUCAGCGGUUGGGCUUCUGCCUUCAGCCCAGGGUAUGAUCCUGGAGUCCCAGGAUCAGGGUCCCGUAUCGGGCUUCCUGCAUGGAGCCUGCUUCUCCCUCUGCCUAUGUCUCUGCCUCUCUCUCCCUGUAUCUCUCAUAAAUAAAAUCUUUUUUAAAAAGUAGAAGAAAUCGGAGUCUUGUGAAUCCACAAGUCUUUUUUUGUCCCCUGACUCCAACCAGCUCUCUGAUCAAAGGAAUGAGAUGCCAAAGAGCACCAGGACUCCUUCCUCCCAAGCCUUAGCAGCACCAUCAGUAUGUAGAUUUAGGCUUAGAAGACUUGUUGAGAAUAGGAAUGAUUUGUUUCCUCCACCUCCUUACAAUUUGGGAAAUACAACAAGGUAAACCAGGGACCUGACCUGUAGUUCCUGAUCCAAGUAGAAAGGAUUCCCUCAGUUGUGACCCAGUUCUACACUGGCAAAAAUUUUUACAUGUAGUUAUGCUGUCUCUUCUAUAAAUAUAAAGGUCUACUCCUGAAACCAGUAUUACACUAUAUGUUAACUAACUAUAAAUUAAAUAAAAUUUGGAGGCAUUUGGGUGGCUCAGUUGAUUAAGCAUCUGCCUUCGGCUCAGGUCAUGAUCCCAGGAUUCUGGGAUCAAGCCCCUUGUCAGGCUCUCUGCUUGGCAGGGAGUCUGCUUCUCCCUCUACCUCCCCCUGCUUGUGCUUUCUCUCUCACUCUCUCUCUC